ACCUGGACGUUUGAACGUCCCCUCAGUCUCGCCUGGCAUAGCACGGGUAGAGGAGUCUCUAAUCAGCUGGAAAAUAUUCCAUUGUGACGUGGCCAUCAUGGCCGACAGCACCACCGCAACCGCUGGUGAUGAGGACGAGCAACAGAUCACCUUCAACAUCAAGUCGUCCGCAGAUGCCAAGUAUGUUGUUACGCUGCCUGUCUCGGCGACAGUAGGCGAUCUUAAGCAGAAGCUUUCCACAUCAGAAUACGCCAAUCUUCCUCCAGAGCGGCAGCGUUUAAUAUACAGUGGGCGAGUGCUCAAGGAUCCAGAUACGAUAGGCAGUUGCAAGAUCAAGGAUGGCAACACCGUCCAUCUUGUCCGAGGCGCAGAGAGCAACCAGCGGCAGAACCCAGCGAAUCAAGGAGGUGCUGCUGUGCCAUCUGCAGCAGGUCAGCCACCAAGCAAUGUACCCACAAACAUCGCUGCUGGUCCGGGUGCGGCGAACCCACUUGCACAGUUGACUGGCGCACGUUAUGCUGGCUUUCAUGGCCUACCAGGCAUGGACAUGUUUGGCGCAGACGGCGGCAUGGGCGCCCCUCCAAAUGCAGAUCAGAUGCUUAGAAUGCUCGAAGAUCCGAACUUUGCGACACAGAUGAAUGAGGCUAUGAACAACCCUGCAGUACUAGACAUGCUACGGAACAAUCCAAUGAUAAGAGACAAUCCGAUGGCGAGAGCGGCGAUCGAGAAUCCAGAGUUCAGGCGCAUGAUGCUCAACCCUGAUAUGAUUCGCAUGCAAAUGCAGAUGCAGCAGGCGAUGGGUGGUGGUGCUGGAGCAGGUGCGUUUCCAAUGCCAGGUGCGACCGACACAACGCAGGCGGCGGAGGGCAUGGACGCACCGUCGACAGCUGGCAGUAACACCACUGGCGGCGCAGCAACAAACGCGCAGGCCCCAGCGAAUCCUUUCGCAGCCCUGUUCCCUGGCGCAGGAGCACUAGGACAAGGAGCAGGUGCCACUGGCGCCCAAGCAAAUCAGCAGAAUCCUUUCGGUAGUCUCUUCGGUGCACCACAAGGCGAUCAACAGAACAACCCGAUAGCCUCCAUGACGCAGCAAAUGAUGCAAAACCCGCAACUCAUGCAGCAAAUGAUGGGGAUGAUGGGCGGCGGUGCAGGCGGUGCAGGCGCUGGUCAAGGUGGGUUCAAUCCGUGGGCAGCUAUGGGCGGCGCUGGCAGCCCUGAGCCUCCACAACCGGCUGACGACCGACCGCCGGAGGUGCGCUAUGAGAGCCAGCUACGGCAGCUGAAUGACAUGGGCUUUUACGAGUUUGAGCGGAACGUACAGGCUUUGAGGCGGAGCGGUGGAAGCGUACAGGGUGCCGUGGAGCACCUGCUAAGCAACCCUUGAGCAUAAGCGAGCCCAGUACCGGUUCGUUGUGCAAAGCAUACGAUUAGACUAGUAUCGCGCGUAGUUGUGCGCGCACGCAUACGCCUCAUACGAAGCCACGAGAGCAUAACGAGCGGUACAAACACAUGACUCGCCGACGACACUGUCGUGGUUUUUGUUCAAGAUGCGCCACUCUGGUCUCUAUAAGCUCUUUGUACUGGGAGCUUCGUGCUCAAGACAAGGUCUCAGAGGCUUCAUUGUGCCUCUAACUUCUGGCGACGCUUACACGCUGACUCAGAAGGCGUGACUACUCCAGAAGUGUGAAACACCAUCUCAUCCACUUGGACA